CAAUAGCCAUGUCUGGGAGAGAUCGGAGUAUACAUAUAAAACUAAGAUACGUGAUGGCCCAACCUGUCAAUAUUAAGCCGCACGUAGAUCUUGCCAGCCGCUUAUUCACUUGAUGAAUCCAGCUAUGCUGCGGGCAGCGGGGCAUUAUCAGUGCAAAGCAGUGGGACUGUGUGCCACAAAGUGUUACAGCCGCCUGGUGGUUUCGUAUGAGCUUCCAGCGUAUUUAUCAACAGCUAUGAACCUGAGAUGUCUCUUUCUGAAUGAUCCAAUGCCAAUGCUGGCGGAGUCCUUAAAUCGUUAGUUAAAGCACAUCAGCCGAAACUUACUCAGCGCCUGAGGCUAACUAAGCAACCCCCUAAACAACACACCCCCGUUUCGUGCAGAUGACCCGUCGAGCACGGCUAAUUCUAGAAGCGAAUGUUGGGAUUGGGCGUGCGUCGACUGAAGUCUCGUCCGUCAUUGCUGGAUCUGAUCGCCAACCGUGGUGGUGGUGGUGUAGUUGAGCAGAGCUCCCCCAGUCCGGCAUCACCGCCCAGACCGGCCGACCUGCCACCGCUCCCCGUUUCACCCACUCUGUCGUCCUCCAGCGACAGCGACAGCGCCAGCUCAAGCAACAGCACCAACAGCACCCCCAUCCCGCAGCCCCUCUUUUUGUCCACGCCUCCCAUCCAAACGCCGGCUCCUCACACCAUGGCUCCCUCUGGAAAGGGCUCUUCGAGCUCUGAGGAUGUCAGCACUGGUGCUGUCUUCUCCAUUUCCGGUCCCGUUGUGGUGGCCGAGAACAUGAUCGGCUGUGCUAUGUACGAGCUGUGUCAAGUCGGCCAUGAUCAGCUAGUCGGAGAAGUUAUUCGUAUCGAAGCGGAUAAGGCCACCAUUCAGGUUUACGAGGAAACAGCUGGAUUGACGGUCGGUGACCCCGUCUGGCGAACUGGCAAGCCUUUGUCCGUCGAGCUCGGCCCUGGUUUGAUGGAAACGAUUUACGACGGUAUUCAGCGACCCCUGCGAGCUAUUUCCGACGAAUCAGGCAGCAUCUACAUUCCCCGCGGUAUCAAGGUCAACGCGCUGGAUCGCAAGAAGAAAUGGGAUUUCAAGCCCGGCAAGUACAAGGUCGGCGACCACAUUACAGGUGGUGAUAUCUGGGGUACCGUUUUCGAGAACAGCUUGUUGAAUGACCACAAAAUCCUACUCCCUCCCCGUGCCAAAGGUACCAUCACUCGGAUAGCGGAAGCCGGUAGCUACACUGUUGAGGAACAGCUGCUGGAGAUUGAGUUCAAUGGCGUCAAGUCGACACACGGAAUGAUGCACACCUGGCCUGUCCGUGUGCCCCGACCGGUCAACGAGAAGAAGUCCGCCGAUGAGCCGUUCAUUGUCGGCCAGCGUGUGCUCGACUCUCUCUUUCCCAGUGUGUUGGGUGGUACCGUCUGCAUUCCUGGCGCUUUCGGGUGUGGUAAGACCGUCAUCUCACAAAGUGUGUCCAAAUUCUCCAACAGUGAUGUCAUUGUCUAUGUUGGUUGUGGUGAGCGUGGUAACGAGAUGGCCGAAGUGCUGAUGGAUUUCCCCGAGCUCAGCAUCACGAUCGAUGGCCGCAAAGAGCCUAUCAUGAAACGUACCUGCUUGAUCGCUAACACCUCCAACAUGCCUGUCGCUGCUCGUGAAGCUUCAAUUUACACUGGUAUCACCAUUGCAGAAUACUUCCGUGAUCAAGGAAAGAACGUUGCUAUGAUGGCAGACUCCAGUUCCCGAUGGGCUGAAGCCCUUCGUGAGCUUUCCGGUCGUCUUGGAGAGAUGCCGGCUGACCAAGGUUUCCCCGCCUAUCUCGGUGCCAAGCUUGCUUCGUUCUACGAACGUGCCGGUAAGACGAUCGCUCUCGGAAGUCCCGAGCGAGAUGGCAGUGUCAGCAUUGUCGCCGCCGUUAGUCCUCCCGGUGGUGAUUUCUCAGACCCUGUCACUACUAGUACGAUGAGUAUUGUCCAAGUGUUCUGGGGCUUGGACAAGAAACUGGCGCAGCGCAAGCACUUCCCUUCGAUCAACACAGGUAUCUCUUACAGCAAGUACACGAACGUCCUGGACACCUACUACGAGAAGCACCACCCCGAGUUCCCUCGCCUGCGUAGACAGGUUCAAGAGCUUCUGACAAAGUCUGAAGAUCUUGACCAAGUGGUCCAGCUCGUCGGAAAGGCUGCGCUUGGUGACUCGGACAAAAUCACAUUGGAUGUCGCCGCGAUGGUGAAGGAUGACUUCCUGCAACAAAACGGAUACAGUGAUUACGACCAGUUCUGCCCUCUCUGGAAGACAGAGUACAUGAUGAAGGCAUUCAUGGGCUACCACGACGAGGCGCAGAAGGCGAUCGCCCAAGGCCAGAACUGGCCCAAGGUCCGCGAUGCGACUACCGACAUCCAAACCUCCCUGCGGCAAAUGAAGUUCGAGGUUCCAGAGGAUGAGGCAAGCGUGUCUUCCAACUACGAGAAGAUCCUGCAGACCAUGUCGGAGCGGUUUGCUUCGGUGUCGGAUGAGUAGAUCAAUGAAACGUACACGCCUUUUUUUGUUUUUCGCCCAUAUGAUUUGAGAGCUUGUAGCAUAUAGCAGCUUUCUGUAGCUAUUUUGUUUUUGUGAAUACUACACUAGAAUUCUCCGAG